UUACAAAAGCAUGAAUAUCAUUAUAAUCAACUAGUAAGAAUAGCAGUAUAGUAGUAAAAGACUGCCAAGAUCAAGAUUCUAAAGAUGUCCUCCAUGGUAUCACCUAACAGACAGGGCAUGAUCUUUGUGGACAGCAGCGGGGAGUAUCUGGGGGGGCAAACUGGCCGUCGCUCCAGCGACGAGAGUGAGGACUCCUAUGCAGAGAUACUCAGCUCUGAUGAGUCUUAUUACAGCGAUGGUGGCGACCUGGCCGAGUAUUGGGAUCCUUACCUGUACCAGCUUCAGAUGAGAGCUCCCAAGGCUCGCUGCAUCCCCUGCACCAAAUAUCAAUCUGACAGGCCACCCUAUUAUGGCAAAGAGUACCAUGGCAGCAUCUCACGAGACGAGACCUCACAGCAGCUGGGAAAGGAAGACGGUAGUUACCUCGUUAGACAGGGGCUCUCUCAAUCAGGGACCUACAGCUUGUCAUUUGUGUUUGAGAAGCAAGUGCGUCACUACCGACUCUACCAUGACGGCCACGACCACUUUGUUGGAGAGAAGCCCUUCGAGACGAUCGAGGACUUGGUCCAGGACGGCCUCAUCACACUGUACAUGGAGGUCAACAAUGUGGAGGACUACCUCAAGUCAGCACGUGAGACCAUGCAGCGGUCUCCCUGCAAACUCUCCACCUCUCAGAUGACUGUGAGGGACCCUAUCCAGCAGGCCAUGGAUGCUGGAAUAGAUGACCUCACUAUCGACAAGAAUGGACGCGGGGCAAAGAGACCAGCCAGCUACACACGAUGUACUAUACCUCAGAGGCGUGACAGCGUGCGGAGGUCACUGGGGUCAAAGCCAGCAGAGGAGGCGGUGGUACAGGAUGCUACCGUGGAAACGACAGAAGAGAAAAUUAAAGAGGAGCCUCCCAAGAGUCCAAAGGAGAACUCCUCCAGUAUGUACUACCAUUACGAGAAGGUCCACAACUUCAAGCUGCACAACUACAUGGGCAUGAUCUGGUGUGAUCAUUGCCGUAACUUUAUGUGGGGCCUGCGGAAUCAAGGAUUCAAGUGUAAAGAUUGUGGCUACAACGCCCACAAGCAGUGUAAGGACGACACUGUACCGGAGUGCACUCCAACCAGACACCUCAUCAAAAGAGUGUUUGGUGUUGAGCUGACGACACUAGUCAAAAUGCAGAGUACCAAGGUUCCCGUGGUGAUCAAAGAUUGCAUAGAGGAGAUCGAGAAACGAGGUGUCGAUGUGGACGGGCUGUAUCGGAUAUCAGGGAAAGCGAAUGAUCUCUUGAAACUCAAGAAAGAGUUUGAUAAUGAUAUGUGUGCCGACCUGUUAGCUGUGGAGGACAUCCACGUCAUCACAGGAACAAUGAAACUGUACCUCCGAGAGUUGCCCAUUCCCCUCCUCACAUUUGAUGCAUACGACCUUUGUCUGAUCGCGGCCCGGACUGGCUCUCUGGUUGAGAGUCUGGAAAUGUUGCGAGUGGCCUUGACUAGACUACCUCCUGCACACUACAACACUCUGAGGCACCUCAUGAGACAUCUCAACAAUGUUCAGAAGCACAAGGACGAGAACAGGAUGGACUCCAAGAACCUGGCGGUGGUAUUCACUCCGUCCCUCAUGAGGUCUCCCUACAAUACAAACGAGAUUAUUGCUGUCCAGAAACUACCGGAGCAAAAGAAAGCUAUUGACUUGCUAAUACAAAACUACGACUCGUUGUUUAGUUAGUAUUAUGUUGCCAUGGCAACUAUGUCUGUAUAAUGUACAAUAUCAUCACACACAGUCAUUGCAAUUACUCACACAAUUUAUUAAUUUUGAAAAUCAUUCCCCCCAAUAAUAAUAAUAACUGUUCUUGCUGUUGGA